AUGUAUACUUAUAUGGAAUAUCUUCAAAAAUGUUUUUAUAAAUCUACAAAUUGGAAUGAAGAUAACAUUUUUUCAAAUAUAAAUGCAACUUCUCAAGCUAUAUUAGAUUUCCCUAUUCCAAAUGGAUUAAAAAUUGAUACUUCAUCAAAAACUUCGGAUUAUUCUGCUUCAAGUUUUACGUUGUCGAAUUUUCAUCAAAUAAAUGGUUCAUUAGCUUAUUUAUAUUCACUGAACCCGUUAACUAAUACUAUGGGUUCGAAAGAGAUUUCCUUACAAGAUGCUAUAGCCGGAUUUAGAAUAAUUGAACCAAUGAUGGUAUUGAGAAGACAACAACAGAAAUUAAAACAACCACUAAUAAAUAAUAAACAUCUGUUAUUAUAUGGAAGAAUGUAUUUUCCAGGUUCAGCAUUAGAAGCUAUGAUUAUAAAAAGAUUAAGUGAAAAUACUCAAUUAUUGAUAAAAUGUGUAAAUCAUCCUUACCUCGAAAAAAACGGGACAAUGAUUAUAUAUUUACAAAAUAAUCACGUCAAAUAUUCAAGAGAAAUUAUAUAUUCAACAAAUGAAUCCUUAAUAGGAGUUAGAUUUCUUUAUAAUUUAGGAAAUACAAUUGCCAAAAAUAUAAACCCAAACCUUAUACCAAAAUUUGAUAAUUCAGUAAUAUCAGUAGGGACAGAAAUAUGGUAUGCAGCAAGAACCAUGAGUCCUGGAUUAUCAACAGCAUUAAGAUAUUCAACUAGAUCAACUUCAACUGGGAAACCUCUAACUAUGACAUUAGCUAUAAAUCCCAUAUUAGGUCAUGUGUCUUCCACAUAUACUGUCAAAACAUCAGUUGCCUCAACGUUCUGUUCCAAAUAUGAUUUCAACUUUUUUUCAUAUGCAAGUAAUUUAUCACUAGGAUUUGAAAUAUACAGCUAUUCCAAAAGAAAAUCACCACUACCAUUACAACCACAUCAAUUACAUCAACAACAACAACCUUUUGUAAAUGAUGAUAGUGUAAUACUAUCUAGUAAGUAUGAUAAACAACCCACUAAAAUCAAAACCAAAACUUUCAAAAAUAGAGGAACUGGCAAUACCAUUGUGGAAGAGAAAUAUCAAACAGAAUACUCAAAUCCAACGUCACUAAAACCUACAACAGCCAAUGGAAACAAUGGAAAACCAGUAUCAGCAGCAUUUCAAAAUCUAGUUAAUGAAAGUGAUUUUUCAAGUGUUAUAAAAGUUUCAACAUCACUUAAAGACAAAAAUUUGAAAUUAUUAUGGGAAGGUAGAAUUAAAGAAUUUUUAGUAAGUACUGGUACUAGAAUAUCUAUAAAUCCUAUAACUAAUGUUCCAGAAUUUAAUAAAUUGGGUAUUAAUUUUGCAUAUGCUUUUUGA